AUGGCAUCGACGUUUUCGUACGCGCAAGCGGCCAAGGGCAUGUCCACGACUGCCACCCCGGCAACACAGUCCAAGGCACCCUCCGGCACCACCACCCCGGCCCUCACGGCGGAACCCACGGGCAUAAAUUGGGCAGACGACGGUGAGGCGGCCAGUCACACCCUCGAGACCGCCGCAGAGGCUGCAGCCAGCAUGGACGAAGCCGUUACAAACGGCAUCCAGAAGCAGGCUGAAAAUGCGCAGCAACCUGGCGAUUCCGGCAUCUCGUCACCCAGCGUCGCUGCCUCGACUACCACCAAGGAGGAUGACACCUCUUCGGUUCCCAAUGCCUCUUCAGAGUCUACGUGGGAUAACAAGUCGCAAGCUUCCAACGCUGCCGAAAAGUCAAACGACCAAGGAGAAGCUGGCCCUGAGAAGAAACAGGCUAAGGAAAAGAAAGAGAAGAAGGAGAAGGCCCCGCCCAAGCCACUUCAAGAAGCCCCAAUCCCGCAGGUCAACAUCUGGAAACAGAGGGCAGAGGCCACUGCUGCCAAGUCUACUAAGACCAGCACAGUCGCACCUGCUGUGAAGCCUGUUGCAUCCGCAGCCAAGUCAUCUUCGCAAGCGUCUCUCACCAAGGCUGGAGAUUCCAAGGUCAAUGCCGCAAGAAAGGGCAAGGACGAUGAGAUUGACAGUGGCAAGAACAAGGAUGAAGAACAGUCCGGCCGCCGAGCACAGGGCGAUUCGUCGAGGGCGAGAAGGGGACUCCAGCAAAAUGCCGGCGUUCCGCAGCCUCCUGUGAAAGACCAGGAAUCGUGGCCCACACCUGAAGACGUCCAGGGCGAGGACCGAAGGAAGGCUCAAGAGAAGACCGAAAAGUCGGACAAGGACCGCCCUGUCGCUGCUACCGCGGCACCGAAGGGCAAGAACGAAUGGGUCUCGCUACCGUACACUCCAUCGGUCGUUUUCAGCACCCCAAUGCCAAAUACUGGAGCUAGAAGGGGAGGCCGUGGCGGUGGCCGUGGUGGCGCCCAGGUCGGAGGCCGUCCCAGCUCUGGAAUUGUAAAUGGCGCGCCCAGCACCGAGAAGGACUCUGCAUCAACGGCUGGCGAGCAGUCUCGGCGUGGAAGGGCCGAUGGCGCCGUCCAGGAUGCGUUACCCGCCAAGGCGAAGAGGAACUCUAGUGUUGGCUCAGCCGCUGGCCCGAUGGCCGAGACUCAGAAGACUGAGGCAAGCUCUCAGGCAGCACGCCUCUCAAAUGGCGAUGGUCCCACAGGAUCGAUCUCGGGAUCCACCAAUGCUCAACGCAGCAAUGCUGCACCACGCCACAAGGUCAACCGUAAGUUCGAUCAGUCUGGCGCCGAGAGGCGCAAGGAAGAUUCGGUCUCGCCUUCAGAUACCACUGCUCGGAGGGGCUCUGCGGCUGUGCAGCAGUCAGAAGAUCAAGGUCGUCGCAGGUCAUUUUCUCAGAGCGAUAGCCAACCCCCUCCUGCCCGCUCUGGUGGACCUGAGCGUCGCAGUGGUCAAUAUGGCUCUGGCCGUGAGCGCGGUGAAAACCGUGGGCGUGGAAGCAUGCGUGGACGCAACGGCAACCAUGGUUACCAGAAUGGCCACCAUGGCAACUUCCCCAACGGCCAUGCCUCAUUCUCGAUUCCUCGAUCGCCACCUAACUUUGAGCCUCACACCUUCUUCGGCCAAGGCCCGCAGCAGCAGCAACGCGGUUACCGCGGUGGACGUGCUCAGUCACUUCAGACCGACUCGAUGUACGGUCGCCCUCAUCCUGGCUAUUCGAACGGCCAGGCGUUGCCUUCGUUGCAGACCUACAUGAACGGUGGUGUCUACGACUUUCCCAUGCAGCCCAUGAGUGCCUUGCCGUAUUCGCCUUACAUGGCGGACCCCUACCACCUUCUGCGGACAGUGCAGAUGCAGUUCGAAUAUUACUUCUCGGUCGAUAAUCUCUGUAAGGAUAUGUUCAUGCGCAAGCAUAUGGAUUCCCAGGGUUUCGUGUUCCUCGAUUUCAUUGCCGGUUUCAACCGAGUCAAGUCUUUGACGACCGAUAUCUCCACUAUCAAACAUGCCAUCACUCAGUCGGAAGUCAUCGACUACAAGAUUGGCGCAGAUGGCAAGGACAGGUUGCGCCGCCGCGAGGGCUGGGACAAGUGGAUUUUGACGACGGCCGAGCGCGAUCCCUCUGCUCAAAACGACGGUCCCGAUGAAUUGCACCAGCCGCCGGUCUCGAUUGCGCCGCCAGUUGAUCCUCGGUACAUGAUGCAGUUCCCCGGUUCGCCGGUGGAUAUGCCUACAAGCCCCAGUCAUGGCGGGGCCUUCCAGCCCCUCAACGGCAUCGCGCAGGGCGCCUCUCCCGCCAACGGAGGGCCGGCUGGCUCUGAGUUGGUCAACGGCGGCCACUACACCGAGGGCGGCACGUCUCAGCUCUCAUCUAUGAACGUCGGUGCUGUUCCCUCGUUCGCUCCCAACCCAUCUCCGAACGGUGUCAACCCCGAGGCCGACUCGUUCUCGAACGACCAGACCAAGGAUCUCACCGUCGUUGUCCGGAAGCACGAGCAAGCUUCGGAAAAGCAACCGGCUUUCCACUCCGAGGGGUCUCGUACCUUUUCCAACGGCUCGAUCGACAGCAAAUCCGUUGCGGAGGAGCUGCACAAGGUCGACGCCAAGCAGACCGGCCCGGAGACCAACGGUCACGGCCCUGUGGAAGCGAUUGAGGGUCGUCAAUCGGACGUCCUCACGAGAUCACAAAGUCCCUCUUCACAAUCUGGUAGUUCUGCAAUGCGGCUUUUCUGGGUCAAGGACCAACAACACCCGGUCCAGUCUGAAUCUCUUCCCCCUGAUGCCAACGUCGUUCUCUACACGGAGCUAUACAAGUCAGCACUGAAGCAACGCGAGGCUGUGCCGAUCGGAAAUUGCCCUUACGACUUGGUCGUCCUUUAUCAGUUUUGGUCGCAUUUUCUCAUUCGAAACUUCAACACGGGCAUGUACAACGACUUCCGGCGGCUUGCGUUCGAGGACAUUGCUCAUCGUUCGUCGGACGUGGGUAUGCGGUGCCUGGUCAAGUACUACGGCGAGGCGCUGUCAAGCCAAAGUGGUAUACGGCAACGGGUCGCGCGGCAUUACGUCGAUAUCGUUAUGACAGAAGCUGGUCACGACGACUCUGCUUUCACGCAGCUACGGACAGCGUGGCGGGACGGCUCUGUGAGUGAGAGCAACCGCCAGGUGAUCAGUGCUUUUAUGGGAAGCGAACUGCUCGCUUCUCUCGAACAGUAG